AUGUAUCGAUGUAUCUGUCCUACUCUCCUUCUCUUAAUAUCUAUCUAUCUAUCUAUCUAUCUAUCUAUCUAUCUAUCUAUCUAUCUAUCUAGACAUGCAUUUCAGUCCCAGGUUUUGUUUUCUUGCUUUCUUUUUUCCUUGCUUUUUUCUAUUUGCUUUCUUUUUUUUCUUGAUUUCUUCUUCUUGUUUCCUUCUUCUUCUUUUUCUUCUUCUCCUUCUUCUUCCUUUUUUCUUUUUUUUCUUGCUUUCUUCUUGUUGUUUUCCUCUUCUUGCUUCCCCUUUCCUCUUCUUGCUCCCCCUUUCUUCUUCUUGCCUUCUUUUUGUAAGCGCUUUCUUCAUUUUUCUUUCUUCUUCUGGCUUUGUCUUUCUUCUUCUUGCCUCCAUCUUCUUGCUUUUAUCUUUUGCUUUCUUCUUUUUCUUCUUUCUUCACUUAUCCCAUUUGCUUCCUUCUUGCAUUCUUCUUCCUUUUCUUCUUCUUGCUUUCUUUUUCCUUUUCUUCUUCUUGCUUUCUUCUUCCUUUUCUUCUUACUUUCUUCUUUCUUUUCUUCUUCAUGCUUUCUUCUUCCUUUUCUUCUUACUUACUUCUUCCUUUUCUUCUUCUUGCUUUCUUCUUCCUUUUCUUCUUCUUGCUUUCUUCUUCUUGCUUUCUUCUUCCUUUUCUUCUUCUUGCUUUCUUCUUCCUUUUCUUUUUCUUGCUCCCUUUUUCCUUUUCUUCUUCUUGCUUUCUUCUUUUUGCAUUCUUCUUUCUUUUCUUCUUCUUGCUUUCUUCUUCCUUUUCUUCUUCUUGCUUCCUUUUUCCUUUUCUUCUUCUUGCUUUCUUUAUUUGCAUUCUUCUUUCUUUUCUUCUUCUUGCUUCCUUCUUUCUUUUCUUCUUCUUGCUUCCUUCUUUCUUUUCUUCUUCUUGCUUUCUUCUUCUUGCUUUCUUCUUUCUUUUCUUCUUCUUACUUCCUUCUUCCUUUUCUUCUUCUUGCUUUCUUCUUUCUUUUCUUCUUUUUGCUUCCUUCUUUCUUUUCUUCUUACUUUCUACUUCCUUUUCUUCUUCUUGCUUUCUUCUUACUUUUCUUCUUCUUGCUUUCUUCUUCUUGCUUUCUUAUUCCUUUUCUUCUUCUUGCUUUCUUCUUUUUGCAUUCUUCUUUCUUUUCUUCUUCUUGCUACCUUCUUCCUUUUCUUCUUCUUGCUUUCUUCUUUCUUUUCUUCUUCUUGCUUUCUUCUUUCUUUUCAUCUUCUUGCUUCCUUCUUCCUUUUCUUCUUCUUGCUUUCUUCUUCUUGCUUUCUUCUUUCUUUUCUUCUUCUUGCUUCCUUCUUCCUUUUCUUCUUCUUGCUUUCUUCUUUCUUUUCUUCUUCUUGCUUCCUUCUUCCUUUUCUUCUUCUUGCUUUGUUCUUUCUGUUCUUCAUCUUGCUUCCUUCUUCCUUUUCUUCUUCUUGCUUUCUUCUUUCUUUUCUUCUUCUUGCUUCCUUCUUCCUUUUCUUCUUCUUGCUUUCUUCAUUCUUUUUUUCUUCUUUCUUUUCUUCUUCUUGCUUCCUUCUUCCUUUUAUUCUUCUUGCUUUCUUCUUUCUUUUCUUCUUCUUGCUUCCUUCUUCCUUUUCUUUUCUUGCUUUGUUCUUUCUGUUCUUCUUCUUGCUUUCUUCUACUUGCUUUCUUCUUUCUUAUCUUCUUCCUGCUUCCUUCUUCCUUUUCUUUUUCUUGCUUCCUUCUUCCUUUUCUUCUUCUUGCUUUCUUCUUUCUUAUCUUCUUCUUGCUUUCUUCUUUUUGCAUUCUUCUUUCUUUUCUUCUUCUUGCUUCCUUCUUCCUUUUCUUCUUCUUUUUCUUUUCUUUCUUUUCUUCUUCUUGCUUCCUUCUUCUUUUUUCUUCUUCUUGCUUUCUUCUCUUUUUUUUUUCUUCUUGCUUCCUUCUUUCUUUUUUCUUCUUGCUUCCUUCUUCCUUUUCUUCUUCUUGCUUUCUUCUUUCUUUUCUUCUUCUUGCUUCCUUCUUCCUUUUCUUCUUCUUGCUUUCUUCUUUCUUUUCUUCUUCUUGAUUCCUUCUUCCUUUUCUUCUUCUUGCUUUCUUCUUUUUGCAUUCUUCUUUCUUUUCUUCUUCUUGCUUCCUUCUUCCUUUUUAAUUCUUGCUUUAUUCUUUUGCAUUCUUCUUUCUUUUCUUCUUCUUGCUUCCCUUCUUCCUUUUUCUUCUUCUUCUUUUUUCUUCUUUUUCUUCUUGCUUUCUUCUUUUCUUUUUCUUCUUCUUCUUCCUUUUCCUUUUCUUCUUCUUGCUUUCUUCUUUCUUUUUUUCUUCUUGCUUUCUUCUUUUUUCUUCUUUUUCUUCCUUCUUUCUUUUCUUCUUCUUGCGUCCUUCUUCCUUUUCUUCUUCUUGCUUUCUUCUUUCUUUUCUUCUUUUGCUUCCUUCUUCUUUUCCUUCUUCUUGCUUUUCUUCUUUCUUUUUUCUUCUUACUGCCCUUCUUUCUUUUCUUCUUCUUGCUUUCUUCUUUCUUUCUUCUUCUUUUCUUCCUUCUUCCUUUCCUUCUUUUUUUUCUUUUUCUUCUUUUUUUUUCUUCUUGCUUUCUUCUUUCUUUUCUUCUUUUUGCUUCCUUCUUUCUUUUCUUCUUCUUCCUUCCUUCUUCCUUUUCUUCUUCUUGUUUUCUUCUUUCUUUUCUUCUUCUUGCUUCCUUCUUCCUUUUCUUCUUCUUCUUUCUUCUUUCUUUUCUUCUUCUCCCUUCCUUCUUCCUUUUCUUCUUCUUGCUUUCUUCUUUUGCAUUCUUCUUUCUUUUCUUCUUCUUGCUUCCUUCUUUCUUUUCUUCUUCUUGCUUUUCUUUUCCUUUUCUUCUUCUUGCUUUCUUUUCUUCUUUCUUUUCUUCUUCUUGCUUCCUUCCCUUCCUUUUUCUUAUUCUUGCUUUCUUCUUUCUUUUUUCUUCUUGCUUUUCUUCUUUCUUUUCUUCUUCUUGCUUCCUUCUUUCUUUCUUCUUCUUGCUUCCUUCUUCCUUUUCUUCUUCUUUUUCUUCUUUCUUUUCUUCUUGCUUCCUUCUUCCUUUUCUUCUUCUUGCUUUUUUCUUUCUUUUCUUCUUCUUGCUUCCUACUUCCUUUUCUUCUUCUUGCUUUCUUCUUUUUGCAUUCUUCUUUCUUUUCUUCUUCUUGCUUCCUUCUUCCUUUUCUUCUUCUUGCUUUCUUCUUUCUUUUCUUCUUCUUGCUUCCUUCUUCCUUUUCUUCUUCUUGCUUUCUUCUUUCUUUUCUUAUUCUUGCUUCCUUCUUCCUUUUCUUCUUCUUGCUUUCUUCUUUCUUUUCUUAUUCUUGCUUUUACUUCCUUUUCUUCUUCUUGCUUUCUUCUUUUUGCAUUCUUCUUUCUUUUCUUCUUCUUGCUUCCUUCUUCCUUUUCUUCUUCUUGCUUUUUCUUCUUUCUCUUCUUCUUCUUGCUUCCUUCUUCCUUUUCUUCUUCUUGCUUUCUUCUUUUUUGCAUUCUUCUUCUUUUCUUCUUCUUGCUUUCUUCUUCCUUUUCUUUUUUCUUUUCUUCUUUCUUUUCUUCUUCUUGCUUCCUUCUUCCUUUUCUUCUCUUGCUUUCUUCUUUUGCAUUCUUCUUUCUUUUCUUCUUCUUGCUUCCUUCUUCCUUUUCUUCUUCUUGCUUUCUUCUUUCUUUUAUUCUUCUUGCUUUCUUCUUUCUUUUCUUCUUCUUGCUUCCUUCUUCCUUUUCUUCUUCUUGCUUUCUUCUUUCUUUUCUUCUUCUUGCUUCCUUCUUCCUUUUCUUCUUCUUGCUUUCUUCUUUUUGCAUUCUUCUUUCUUUUCUUCUUCUUGCUUCCUUCUUCCUUUUCUUCUUCUUGCAUUCUUCUUUCUUUUCUUCUUCUUGCUUCCUUCUUCCUUUUUUUCUUCUUGCUUUCUUCUUUCUUUUCUUCUUCUUGCUUCCUUCUUUCUUUUCUUCUUCUUGCUUCCUUCUUCCUUUUCUUCUUCUUGCUUUCUUCUUUCUUUUCUUCUUCUUGCUUCCUUCUUCCUUUUCUUCUUCUUGCUUUCUUCUUUCUUUUCUUCUUCUUGCUUCCUACUUCCUUUUCUUCUUCUUGCUUUCUUCUUUUUGCAUUCUUCUUUCUUUUCUUCUUCUUGCUUCUUUCUUCCUUUUUCUUCUUCUUUCUUUUUCUUUCUUUUUCUUUUCUUCUUGCUUCCUUCUACUUUUCUUCUUCUUGCUUUCUUCUUUCUUUUCUUCUUCUUGCUUCCUUCUUCCUUUUCUUCUUCUUGCUUUCUUCUUUCUUUUCUUAUUCUUGCUUCCUACUUCCUUUUUUCUUCUUGCUUUCUUCUUUUGCAUUCUUCUUUCUUUUCUUCUUGCUUCCUUCUUCCUUUUCUUCUUCUUGCUUUCUUCUUUCUUUUCUUCUUCUUGCUUCCUUCUUCCUUUUCUUCUUCUUGCUUUCUUCUUUUUGCAUUCUUCUUCCUUUUCUUCUUCUUGCUUUCUUCUUCCUUUUCUUUUUCUUGCUUUCUUCUUUCUUUUCUUCUUCUUGCUUCCUUCUUCCUUUUCUUCUACUUGCUUUCUUCUUUUUGCAUUCUUCUUUCUUUUCUUCUUCUUGCUUCCUUCUUCCUUUUGUUCUUCUUGCUUUCUUCUUUCUUUUCUUCUUCUUCCUUCCUUCUUCCUUUUCUUCUACUUGCUUUCUUCUUUUUGCAUUCUUCUUUCUUUUCUUCUUCUUGCUUCCUUCUUCCUUUUCUUCUUCUUGCUUUCUUCUUUCUUUUCUUCUUCUUGCUUUCUUCUUUCUUUUCUUCUUCUUGCUUCCUUCUUCCUUUUCUUCUUCCUUUUCUUCUUUCUUUUUUCUUCUUCUUUCUUCUUUCUUUUCUUCUUUUGCUUCCUUCUUUCUUUUUCUUCUUCUUGCUUCCUUCUUCCUUUUCUUCUUCUUGCUUUCUUCUUUCUUUUUUUCUUCUUCUUGCUUCCUUCUUUUUUCUUCUUCUUGCUUUCUUCUUUUUGCAUUCUUCUUUUUUUUUUUUCUUCUUCUUCCUUUUCUUCCUUUUUCUUCUUUCUUUUCUUCUUCUUUCCUUCUUUCUUCUUCUUUUGCUUUCUUCUUUCUUUUUUCUUCUUGCUCCUUCUUCUUUUUUUUUCUUCUUGCUUCCUUCUUCCUUUCUUCUUCUUUUUUCCUUUCUUUUCUUCUUUUUCUUCCUUUUCUUCUUCUUCUUUCUUCUUUCUUUUCUUCUUGCUUCCUUCUUCCUUUUUUCUUCUUCUUGCUUUCUUCUUUUUGCAUUCUUCUUUCUUUUCUUCUUCUUGCUUCCUUCUUCCUUUUUUUCUUCUUGCUUUCUUCUUUCUUUUUUCUUCUUGCUUCCCUCCUUCCUUUUUCUUCUUCUUUUUUCUUCUUUUUCUUCUUCUUCUUGCUUUCUUCUUUCUUUUCUUCUUCUUGCUUCCUUCUUCCUUUUCUACUUCUUGCUUUAUUCUUUUUGCAUUCUUCUUUCUUUUCUUCUUCUUGCUUCCUUCUUCCUUUUCUUCUUCUUGCUUUCUUCUUUCUUUUCUUCUUCUUGCUUUCUUCUUUCUUUUCUUCUUCUUGCUUCGUUCUUCCUUUUCUUCUUCUUGCUUUCUUCUUUCUUUUUUUCUUCUUGCUUUCUUCUUUCUUUUCUUCUUUUUGCUUCCUUCUUUCUUUUCUUCUUCUUACUUCCUUCUUUCUUUUCUUCUUCUUGCUUUCUUCUUUCUUUUCUUCUUCUUGCUUCCUUCUUCCUUUCCUUCUUUUUGCUUUCUUCUUUUUUUUUUUUCUUCUUUCUUCUUUCUUUUCUUCUUCUUCUUCCUUCUUUCUUUUCUUUCUUCUUGCUUCCUUCUUUUCUUCUUCUUCUCCUUCUUCUUUCUUUUCUUCUUCUUGCUUCCCUUCUUCCUUUUUCUUCUUCAAUUUCUUCUUUCUUUUUCUUCUUCUUGCUUUCUUCUUCCUUUUCUUCUUCUUGCUUUCUUCUUUUUGCAUUCUUCUUUCUUUUCUUCUUCUUCUUCCUUUUUCUUUUCUUCUUCUUGCUUUUUUUUCCUUUUUCUUCUUCUUUUCUUUUCUUUCUUUUCUUCUUCUUGCUUCCUUCCUCCUUUUCUUCUUCUUGCUUUCUUCUUUCUUUUCUUCUUCUUGCUUCCUUCUUCCUUUUCUUCUUCUUGCUUUCUUCUUUCUUUUUUUCUUCUUGCUUUCUUCUUUCUUUUCUUCUUCUUGCUUCCUUCUUUCUUUUCUUCUUCUUGCUUCCUUCUUCCUUUUCUUCUUCUUGCUUUCUUCUUUCUUUUCUUCUUCUUUUCCUUUCUUUUUUCUUCUUCUUGCUUUCUUUUUUCUUCUUUUCUUUCUUCCUUUUUCUUCUUUCUUGCUUUUUCUUUUUCAUUCUUCUUUCUUUUCUUCUUCUUGGCUUCCUUCUUCCUUUUCUUCUUCUUGCUUUCUUUUUUUUUUCUUCUUCUUUCUUCCUUCUUCCUUUUUUCUUCUUGCUUUCUUCUUUCUUUUCUUAUUCUUGCUUCCUUCUUCCUUUUUCUUCUUCUUCUUUUUCUUCUUUCUUUUCUUAUUCUUGCUUUGCUUCCUUUUUCUUCUUCUCAAUUUUCUUCUUUUUGCAUUCUUCUUUCUUUUCUUCUUCUUGCUUCCUUCUUCCUUUUCUUCUUCUUGCUUUCUUCUUUCUUUUCUUCUUCUUGCUUCCUUCUUCCUUUUCUUCUUCUUGCUUUCUUCUUUUUGCAUUCUUCUUUCUUUUCUUCUUCUUGCUUUCUUCUUCCUUUUCUUUUCUUGCUUUCUUCUUUCUUUUCUUCUUCUUGCUUCCUUCUUCCUUUUCUUUUGCUUUUCUUUUUUGCAUUCUUCUUUCUUUUCUUCUUCUUCUUCCUUCUUCCUUUUCUUCUUCUUCUUUUUUUCUUUCUUUUCUUCUUCUUCUUUCUUCUUUUCUUUUCUUCUUCUUCUUGCUUCUUUCUUCCUUUUCUUCUUCUUUCUUCUUUCUUUUCUUCUUCUUGCUUCCUUCCUUUUCUUCUUCUUGCUUUCUUUUUUUGCAUUCUUCUUUUCUUUUCUUCUUCUUGCUUCCUUCUUCCUUUUCUUCUUCUUGCUUUCUUCUUUCUUUUCUUCUUCUUGCUUCCUUCUUCCUUUUCUUCUUCAACCUUUCUUCUUUCUUUUUUUUUCUUGCUUUCCUUCUUUCUUUUUUUCUUCUUCUUCCUUCUUAGUUUUCUUCUUCUUGCUUUCUUCUUUCUUUUCUUCUUCUUCUUCCUUCUUCCUUUUCUUCUUCUUGCUUUCUUCUUUCUUUUCUUCUUCUUCUUCCUUCUUCCUUUUCUUCUUCUUCUUGCUUUGUUUUUUUGCAUUCUUCUUUCUUUUCUUCUUCUUGCUUCCUUCUUCAUUUUCUUCUUCUUGCUUUCUUCUUUCUUUUCUUCUUCUUGCUUCCUCCUUCCUUUUCUUCUUCUUGCUUUCUUCUUCUUUUCUUCUUCUUGCUUUUUCUUCUUUCUUUUCUUCUUCUUCUUCCUUCUUCCUUUUAUUUCUUCUUUAUUCUUUUUGCAUUCUUCUUUUUUUUUUUCUUCUUGCUUCCUUCUUCCUUUUUUCUUCUUGCUUUCUUCUUUCUUUUUCUUCUUCUUGCUUUCUUCUUUCUUUUCUUCUUCUUGCUUCGUUUCUUUUUUUCUUCUUCUUGCUUUCUUCUUUCUUUUUCUUCUUGCUUUCUUCUUUUUUUCUUCUUUUUGCUUCCUUCUUUUUUUCUUCUUCUUACUUCCUUCUUUCUUUUCUUCUUCUUGCUUUCUUCUUUCUUUUCUUCUUCUUGCUUCCUUCUUCCUUUCUUUCUUUUUGCUUUUCUUCUUUUUUUUUUCUUCUUGCUUUCUUCUUUCUUUUUCUUCUUCUUGCUUCCUUCUUUCUUUUCUUCUUCUUGCUUCCUUCUUCCUUUUCUUCUUCUUGUAUUCUUCUUUCUUUUUCUUCUUUUCUUCCUUCUUCCUUUUCUUCUUAA